AUGGCGAGAGGUUUAAGACCUAACGAGUUAGUUGAUCUCUUAAACUUUGGUCGAGAUUCCGAUCUUUCUUCGUUAUCUAGUGACGAAGAAAUAGUAGGCAAUUUUCCUGAAAAGGAAUUUGAAUACCUUUUAUCUAAUAAUUUUUCGGAUUAUGAUUUUGAUUUUGAUUUAGAAGAUACUGAAAAUCAAUUUGCUUCAGAAGACGAACAAUUUGAACCGAUUGAACAACAGCUUCGAAAUUGUUUCCAUGUUAUUGAUAAUGAAUCUGUUUCAAAUGAUAACCGUGACAAAUUUGUAAAAAUUCGUCCACUUUAUAAUUCGUUUAUCAAACGGUGUUCCGAGCUUCCAAAAGAAAAAAAUGUAUGUAUCGAUGAACAAUUAAUUCCAUUUAAAGGUAAUUUGUCUAUAAAACAGUACAUAAAAGGAAAACCUACUCCGUGGGGUAUAAAAAAUUUUUUACUAUGUGGACAAAGUGGUAUUGUUUAUAAUUCACUAUUAUACCAAGGCUCAAAUACUAAUAUCAACGAUUUUAUGCAGAAAAACUAUGGUCUAGGCGGUGCGGUUGUGCUCAAAUUAGUAGAAAACUUGAAACCUAAUAGUCACAACUUAUUUUUUGAUAAUUUUUUUUCGUCAUAUAAUCUUUUUGGCUGUCUUUUAAAAUAUAAAAUAUUUGCGAUUGGCACAAUUCGAUGCAAUCGAUUUUGUAACCCUCCAUUUCCGAAAGAUAAAGAACUUGCUAAGAUGGGUCGUGGAACCAGCUUUGAAGUGUCUUCAAAUCAUAAUAUUACGUUGGUUAAAUGGUUUGACAAUAAAGCUGUCAGUAUUGGUUCCAAUUUUAUUGCGUCAGGAAUUCCUGUUCAAGUAAAAAGAUUUGAUCGGAAGGAAAAAUGUUCGGUGAUUAUAGAAUGUCCUGAAAUUAUAAACUUAUAUAAUUAA